GUUCAUUGAGAAGGGUCUAAGCGCCGAGUACAGGCGUAAUAUUAUUACGUGCAUUUAAUAAUAAACAAUGAGUGAAAAUCAAGUAAACAACCCAAAGCGACGUGUCCCAGGGUCUGAAAAUAAAAAGAAUGAAAUGAAACGACUGAAAUAUAGUGGCCUGGCAUAUCACAAUCGAAGUAACAAGGAUAUUGCUCCUAAGAAGGCGCCAAGUUUUGAGGUAUUUUGUAAAUGUAAAUAUGAGUGCAGAAAAUUGCCCUAUGAGCAAAAAAUAUUUUUAUUUGAAGAUUAUUAUAAAAUAGCUAAUCAUGUGAAGCAAAAAUCUUAUCUGUUGGGACUCAUACAAAUUGGCAGUGUAAAAAGAAGUCACGGAAAAUAUGAAUCUGCAGAACAAAGUCGUCGACAAGCUACUGCAUGGUACACGGUUCCAAACGGAAAUGGCCAGCAUGUGCAGGUUUGCCGUCAAACAUUUUCAAACAUUUUUGCCCUAUCACACAAGGCAGUGCACGUUUUAACAGAAAAAGAAAAGUUGGGAGAAACAGUGUAUACAGAUAAAAGAGGCAAGUCAAAUGAACCAAGAAAGUAUACAACAGCGAUAAGAGACCUGGUUAGAGAACACGUACAAAGUUUUCCUUGCGAAGAGAAUCAUUAUAGCAGAAGCAAAUCACAAAAGAAAUGUCUGAGUCCAGAUUUGAAUAUAAAUCGCCUAUACUUGGCAUUUAAAAGACAGUUUCCCGAUACAGAGGUUACUUAUAAGUACUACUUGACAGUAUUUAAAAAUGAUUUUCCGCAUUUACGAUUCGGUCGCCCCAGAACGGACACUUGCUCAGUUUGCGAUCUUUACAAAAAUAAAAUAAGUUAUGCCCAAAAUCAAACAGAAAAGGAUGAGAUGAAAGCCAAACUUGACCUACACCACAGAAAGGCGGAAAAGGCUAGACUAGAAAUGGAAAAAGACGGUAAUUUGUCACAAAUCCCGACGGCCAGCAUUAGCAUGAUGUCUAUAGAUUUAGAGCAAGUUUUAUUUUUGCCAACACUUACACAUAGGCAGAUGUUUUAUAGCAGACAGCUUUCGUGCUAUAAUCUAGGAAUACACAUAUCUGAUACUGGAACUGCUCAUAUGUGUCUUUGGGACGAAUCCAUAACAGGUAGAGGAGCUAAUGAAAUUGGAUCUGCCCUUUUAAAGUGCCUUAACUUGCCAGCUUUGAAUAUGAAAAAAAACUUAGUGAUUUGGUCGGAUAAUUGCAUAGGACAGAACAAAAACAAAAUGUUGCUUUUUUUGUUCAUAUAUUUGGUCCAUAAUGGAAAGUUUGAAAAAAUUGAACAGAAACUUUUAGUUUCCGGGCAUUCCUAUUUGGCAUGUGGUAGGGACUUUGCGCAGAUUGAGCGUCGUAAAAGAGUCACAAAAAACUACGUACCGGAUCAUCUUGAAAAAAUGAUUAGGAGUGCACAACAUAAAAAUCCAUUCAAUGUCAUUCGUAUGAAUAGAGAAGAUUUUAAAAAUCUUCAAGAGAUUUCCGAUAGCUUUUUAAACACGACCAAACUGAAUAUAUCCAAAGCUUGUUGGAUAGAAGUUUCUAAGAAAAAUCCAACUUUAGUCAGAACAAAAACAACGUUUAACGAAAUGGAAGAAUGGACCUCUUGUAACGUUUUAAAACGAGGCAAAACUUUGAGUGACCUUAAAACAACACCGUUGCCACAGUUAGAUUGCAAAAACCGCAUAUCUCAGGAAAAGGCCAAACAUUUAGAAGACAUGUUAGAUUACAUACCACUUGCAUAUAUCUCAUUUUAUACCGGUAUCAUCGAAAAAACCAAGCAAAACAAUCCAGAGUAA